AUGGCUUCAAAGCUAGAGGAGGAUAUAUCCUGUCCUGUGUGCACGGACAUCUUCAAGGACCCAGUUCUUCUGUCAUGUAGUCACAGCUUCUGUAAAGUCUGUCUGCAGCAGUGCUGGGAAACCAAAGGAUCCAGAGAAUGUCCAGUCUGCAGGAGGAGGUCAUCAAAGGAGUUGCCACCAACCAAUCUUGCAUUAAGAAACCUGUGUGAGACAUUUUUACAGGAGAGAGGUCAGAGAGGAGCACUCUGUAGUCUCCAUGGCGACAAACUCAAGCUGUUUUGUCACGAUGAUCAGCAGCUUGUGUGUGUGGUGUGUCGAGACUCAAAACUCUACAGGAAUCACCAGUUCAGUCCCAUUGCUGAAGCAGCAGUUGACCGUAAGGAGGAGCUGAAGGUCAAAGUGGAUCCCUUAAAGGAAAAGAUAAAGGCUUUUGAAAAAGUAAAACUCACCUUUGAUGAAACAGCAAAACACAUUAAGACUCAGGCCCAGCACACAGAGAAGAUGAUCAAGGAGGAGUUUGAUAAGCUUCACCAGUUUCUACAAGAUGAAGAGGCCGCCAGGACAGCUACACUGAGGGAGGAAGAGGAGCAGAAGGGUCAGAUGAUGAAGGAGAAGAUUGAGAAGAUGAGCAGAGAGAUCUCAUCUCUUUCAGACACAAUCAGAGCCAUAGAAGAGAAGAUGAGAGCUGAUGACAUCACAUUUCUACAAGUAAGAACCAUCUACUGUCCUUAUCAUAGUGUGUGUGUGCGUGUGUGUGUGUGUGAGAGGGUUUCAGGAGCUCUGAUCAAUGUGGCAAAACACCUGGGCAACCUGAAGUUCAGAGUCUGGGAGAAGAUGCAGGAGAUUGUCCAAUACACUCCUGUGACUCUGGAUCCCAACACUGCACACCCACGUCUCAUCCUGUCUGAGGAUCUGACCAGUGUGAGACUCAAUGAUGAGAGACAGCAGCUUCCUGAUAACCCAGAGAGAUUUGAUAAGUAUGCCAGUAUCCUGGGCUCUGAGGGCUUCAACUCAGGGACUCACUGCUGGGAUGUGGACGUUGGAGAGAACACAUGGUGGAAUGUGGGUGUGAUGACAGAGUCUCUCCAGAGGAAGGGAGACUGUUACUCCACGAGUGGAUGGUGGCAUGUGUAUUAUAAAGAUGGUAAAUAUAGAGCAUGGUCUCCACCACAGUCCAUCACUCUCCUCACAGUGAAGCAGAAACUCCAGAGGAUCAGAGUGCAGCUGGACUGGGACAGAGGCGAGCUGUCAUUCUCUGACCCUGAUAAUAACACACAUCUACACACUCUCACACACACUUUCACUGAGAGAGUGUUUCCAUACUUUGCUAUUAACUGUAAACUCUCUCCUCUGAGGAUGUUACCAGUGAGAGCUUCAGUGAAAGUAGAGCAGCACAGUAGCUAAGAAAUGAUGUCACUUCCUUUUGCCAAUAAUGACAUGUUCAUGGUGUUAAAAUGUCUUCAUGCAAUAACCACUCUGACUAAUUGGUUGUAUUGUUAGUUGCCUUAAGAAAUCCCACAGGUGUCACGUGAUCUGAACUCUGUAAAUAUUGCAAAUUGAAGGGCGAAUAUCUUUGACAGAAAUUUGUUGUAAAUUAUAUUCCUUAACAACUCACUUUUAUUUUCUAAACCUAUGCUGAUGGUGACGCAACUUGGUUACAGAAUUGACCGGCCUGACAGAAAUGUUAAUAAUGCUUUUUGCAAACAUUUCAUUCAGAUUUAUUUUGAUUUAAACCUUUUUGAAGUUUCAAGUAACUGUGAUUAUGACAGUUUUGUAAACAAUUAUUUAUAAUUUCAGAUUUUUAAGCCUCCUUUUAAUGAUGUACCCCUCGUUUGUAU